GAAAAAACAAUGAAUCGUGGACGGUUUCUAGUAAAUAUGGUAGAAGAACAGGACAAAGAAAAUGUGACUCCUAGUCCAAUCAAUUUUACACCACAAAUCCUGGAAGAUGACUUAAAGAUGUCAUCAAGUGAUGAACUCUCAUCUAAGAAAAAAUAUUAUAUUUCACCAAUCCGGAGCGAUGAAAGUGAUAUUGAUGACUCCAAUGAGGAUCCCAAUUUCCUAUUGCUCAAAAAAAAUAAACUCCCACCUAAAGUCGUACCUCCAUCAUCAUCGAGUUCUUCCAGCAGCAGCAGCAGCAGCAGCUCGAGUUCAUCGAAUGAUAGUAGUUCCUCAGAUAACGAAGGUGAGCAAGCAGACUCUCGAAAUGCCAAUGUGUCUGAUAAUACUACCCAAAAUCAAAAGAGCAGAAAGAGAGUACGCAAGCCAGCAAAGUGGAAGUCGACGGUGGCAAAACAGCUCAGAAAUUCUGGAAAAGCCUACCAGUCUUUGUCCAAAUUCAAGAAACUAGUCAGGGAAAGAAAACUUGGACCACCUUGCGGCGAAAAAUGUCGGCUUAAAUGCCACGAAAAGAUGGACGAACUAUCAAGGCAACAGGUCUUUGAUGCAUUUUGGGGACUCAGCAAUCUUGAAAGGCAAAGAGAAUUUAUAGUACGGCACUCGCAAAAAAUAAAGCCUAAAUAUCGUUAUUCAAGUACACAAAAUUUUAGGGCCCUUAAUACUGCGUUUCAUUUUGACGUUAAUGGAUCCAAAAUAAGAGUAUGCAAGCCAUUCUUCAAAUCCACUCUUGACUAUAAAGCGAUAAAAACAGCACUUUCCAAAAAAACAGAAGGAGUUAUUCAAGCCGAUUUUAGAGGAAAACAUGACCAUCACCCAACUAUUGACCCACAAAUUAGACAGAGCGUUAUAGAUUUUAUAAAUUCUAUUCCUAGAAUUGAAUCUCACUACUUGAGGGAAACUACGAGAGAAUUUAUUUCAAGUGAUAAAUCACUAGCAGAUAUUUACAGGGACUAUAAAUGACUUCGUGAAAGGGAUGAAUUACCCAUAGCACGUCUUCUACGUUCAACAGAAUAUUCAACACCGAAUUCAACAUUUCAUUCUUCGUACCGAAAAAAGAUCAAUGUGAUCUGUGCGAAAGAUAUAAGAACUCAGAUGAAGAAGAAAAGCGCAAGUUAAUUCAGGAAUAUGAACUGCAUCUAAAGGAAAAGACUUUAGCAAGAACUGAAAAAGAAAAUGACAAGAAUAGGAAAGAUGGUACAAUCGUAGCAGUUUACGACUUACAAGCCGUAUUGCAGAUUCCAAAGGGACAAAUAUCUCUAUUCUUCUAUAAAUCUAGGAUCAACUGCCUCAAUUUUACUAUCAGCGAUUUAAGGGCACAAGAUGUCAUUUGCUACUUUUGGGAUGAAACAGAAGGAAAAAGAGGAGCUGUUGAAAUAGGAAGCUGCAUACUUGACUACAUUAAAUCACAGGUAGACCAAAAUCCCAACAAAGAAAUUGACGUCAUUUUUUAUUCGGACAAUUGUGGUGGUCAGCAAAAAAAUUAGUUUCUGCUAUCUGCCUAUGCCUAUGCUGUCAACAAGUUACCAGUUAAAUCUAUUACCCACAAGUUUUUGAUACGGGGACAUUCACAGAAUGAAGGGGAUAACGUUCACAGCUUAAUUGAGAAACAGAUUAAGAGAUAUUUACAAUCUGGUCCAAUCUACAUACCAGAACAAUAUAAAACUUUGAUCGUUACAGCAAAAAAGACGGGAAAACCUUACAAAGUUGUAGAAAUGUCUCAUAGUAAGUUUUAUGACGUCAAAGCAUUGCAAGAAUCGUGGGGCAAUAAUUUCAAUAUUGACGAGGAAAAAAACCAAAUUAAGUGGCAUGACAUCAAGAUACUCAAAGUUGAAAAAGGACACCCUGAAUCCUUUUUCUACAAAACAUCAUUUGGCAAAGAAACUUAUAAAAAAGCUUGUGUGCGAAAGAGGAAUCUCCGUACAAGGGGAACCGUCAUAGAUCAAUCGUUAUUUUCAGUUGGCCUCACACAGGCAUACAAUGAAAAAAUUGCAUUGUCGGAUGCUGAAAAAAGAGACAUACAAGAAUUAAUUGAUAAGAACGUUAUUCCGAAAUCUUAUUACGAUAUUUAUUAUAAAGACAUUCUAAGCGAUAGUAAUAAUUACUUGCAAUAUUGUUAUUAACUAUAUACAUUCUAAACAAGCUCAUUAGAUUACAAAACAAAUUACCAAAGUUGUUCAUUAGUCAAUGUACUAUUUAAAAGUAUGUCAUUUAAAAAAAAAGAUCUCUAAGUGCCAUUAUUAGUAUGUACUUAUUAUUCAUAAGUUUAAAGUUAUUAUUUCUCAGACUGAUACCUACUAAGAAUAAAUAGAGAUACCUAGUUUAUAUUAAAUUAUUAUAAGCCAAAAUAAUGUGAUUUUUUUA